AUGUGGGAAGAAACACCCAACAUAAAGUCACAACCUGAAAAAGGAAUUUUUCAUGGCAGCCUCUUUGUAAUGUGUCAUACUUCCAACGCCCCGAAACGGCAGGCUGAUCUAAGGGAAAUGGAAGCAGUUCAGCAAUAUGCGUCCACAGAAAGGCGCUGCCCCCAAAUCAGAGUUGGCCAUACCGUUGGGCAGAGAGAGGUGGCAUAUGUCAAAGAUAGCCCCUGCUUGUUACUUCUGACCACUGUCUUCUGUUGGAGGUCAGCUGUGUAUGCCUCAUGGCCAGUCCUACACCCCAAAAAUUAG